CGUUUGAGAUGUGGUUUCUCAUGUUUUAGACCGAUUUCACGCUAGGUCGUGCUUGUUUGUGAUAUUUCAGGUCCUGGCAAGUGAAUGAAGGUUUAGGAGCGAGUUCGGGGUCGAUUGGGCGAAGAUCGGGCGCGAGACAAGUCACAAAGGAGGUCACACGGGCUGCCCUGAUGAUCACACGGCCGUGUGAAGUAAUGGCCUGGCCGUGCGAGUUUUGCCGAGAGCACACACGGGCAGAGCAGAGGAUCGACACGGCCGUGCAAGUGGCCGGGUUGGCCGUGCCACAUUCUGUGAGAACAAACACGGGCAAGAGGGGAUGUCCACACGGCCGUGCCACUCUGGCCGUGCAAGAGCCUGGAAUUCGAACUAAUUGGAACGCAGCGUUUUGACUCACACGGGCAACUGGGUAAGCCACACGGUCGUGCCACCCUGCCCGUGUGAGUCGGGAUUUCCUGGUUUUAAGCCAAAUUCCGAACCAAAGAAAGAGGGAGCUGGGUUUUGGAUCCCAAACACCCAAGGGACGAACCCUAGAGAGAGAGGGCGAUUUGAGGGCAUUCUUGGAGUAGAGAAGGAGGAUUUCUUCGCCUUGGAAGCUCGAGGAACAAGCCCGGACUUGAAGACUGAUCAUCUGAAGAUUCUUACUGCAGUCUCUCUCUUCUCUAUGGAGUAACUUCCCUUCACUUAGGUUUUGAGGAGCCCUAGCUAUGUUUGUUUGAUUGGAUGAUUGUAUGAGUACUCUGACUGGAUAAUCUUGAGUUCAUAUUCAAUCUAUGCAUGUUUUCAUGAUUCAAUUCUGCUUUAGUCGAGAUUAUUGAUUCUGCUUUGAUUCUAUGAGAGGGAAUACCUGAUUAGGUCAAUAGAGCACCAUAGAUUGAUAGUAGUGGAUCGAUUGCUUUAGUCGAGGGUUGAUUCACUGCUUUGUAUCGAUUGAGAACCCCUUUCGAUAGAGGGAGUCUAGUUCAGAACGCCUUGAUCAGUUGUUCUAGAGAAGGAUACGUCCCUCUAGGCAAUUGACUCAAGAGGGCCUUGUUCCUUUAGUCGAGACUCAAGGUCUAGUCAAGGAUUCUCCGCAUUGUGAAUGAAAGUGAAAUAGGUUAGAGAUCAUCAAUCGUUAAUCUGGCUAGUGGCUAGGGGGAAUCAUACCUAAGUGAGUUCCCAACCUGUAAUUAGAUUAACUUUAACUAUAGUUUGCUAGAGUAGUUUUAGUUCUUUCAUCUUAAUCUGAUUUGCUAAAUAAUAAACUGAAGCUGAGUAAUAGUAACUCUAGAGACCCGUGGAUUCGAUAUUUAUCACUUGAGCCACUAUACUGCAGUCCCUUUCAUUGGUUACACUUGGCCUUUGUUAGGUGUUGUGUUUUAGAGCAGUCAAGUUUUUGGCGCCGUUGCCGGGGACUUUCUAGAGUAUUAGGAAAGGCAGAAGUUUGUUACUUUAGCGUUUUUCGUUUCUUUUCUUUUCCACCCUUGCUUUUCACUUGGGUGUUUUUGUUUUUGUUGGUGCAGAUCUGAAUCAUGGAUCCUAAUGGCUUCUCCAAUCAUUGGGGGUAUCCACCACCAUCUGGGUGGUAUUACCCCGAGACUCCCUGGAGCAAUCAAGGCGGAGAAGACUAUGGAUUCGGGUUCCAGUACCAACCCCCUUACUACGGAGAACAACCGGACCCCUGGGCAUAUCAAGAACAACCUCAUUACCAAGAAGAAUUUCUCCCACAACCAGAAGGGCCAUUGGAGCUGGAGUUACCCAUGGCGGCCUUCACGGGCCAUUCUGCAGAGCCAUGCUACACUCCACAGCCAGAUCCACACUAUGAAUUGAGACUUCUCAUGGAGAGAUCGUGCUCCAGUAUGGAUCAUUGUGUCCAGGCCUAUCGUGAAACAGAGGGGAUCCUCCUGAGCCUUAAGAAGAGCGUCGAUGAUCUUGAGCGAUCUUGGGCGCAACCUGCUCCAGAUCACCCUUAUGCUACCAUACAAGAAGAUGAGGAGGAAGAAGAAGGCUACAAGGACAUUGUGGAGCACACUGAAGUUGUCACGGAGAGCUCCCGUGAUGAUCAUGAUCAGGAGUGUCAUGUCGUAGCCGACCACACCUUCCCACACCCCAAACUGCGCUUUGAAGAUGCGGGCAUGAGUGAGGAGUUGCAAGAAGAUCUCAUGAAAGAAAUUGCUUGGCAACUUGCUCUCCAAUCCGUGCUAGAAGAAGAAGAGCAACAAAGGGUGCAGAAAGAAGUUGUGGAGGAUGACGAAAGUGAAGCAGGAGGAGUUCUUGAUCAUUUCCCAGGGGUGAUACCACAUGAAGAAGAAAGGGGGGUUGAAGAAGCAAUUGGCGUCCAGGCUGAGGACAGAGUUAAGGUGGAAGAGGCCUGCACCGGCCAUGAGUUACAUGUGAUAUCUCCACCAAACUUCGAGGAACUGCUUAGCAAGGACCCAUUUGCAGUGUCUCUUUGCCAGACCAAGGCCACCUCGACAUCGGUCCCUCUUGGUGGACGCGAUGGUGGCCAAUCGAUGCUGUCUUAUCUGGUUUGGGGCAAUGAGACGAGAGAAGAGAAGAAGAGGUCUCGAGGGUGGAGACUUCAUCUGCAUCAAGUACAUGAGCCCUCAUCACCUGCCUCGCCACAUGCUCAUGACUUGAGACUCCACCUCAUCGACGAGAACCUCAACUUCAAGGAGGUUCUAGCAUGGACCGAAACUUAGGAGCCAUCGUCCGGCUCACGACGUGAAAGAAGCGCUUGUUGGGAGGCAACCCAACCAGUCGGUUUGCAUUUCUUUCUCUAUUUCUCCUCGGUUGAGUCAGUUUUGUUAUUUGAUUUUAGAGUCAAUAACUCAACCUUUGUGAGAUUUUGUGUGGUGUUUGUGUUCUGAUUACUCUCUCUUUCUGGAAUGCACCGCCUGACCCGUUCAUCAUCAUUCACCCUUGAUCUGGUAACUUCGUUCUACCCUCCUUAUCUUUCCUCCAUUGAGGACAAUGUCGUGCUUAAGUGUGGGGGGAUGUUCGAUUAUGUAUGCGGGUGAAUGUUUGGCUGUUUGUGUGCUUGGAGCCUAGUCCACUGUCCAAAUUUUUAAAUUUGAGGGCUCCAAGUACGUGUUUCCAUGCAAUUGCCUGCUCAGUAUGCUUUGAAUUGACAGUCUUUAUAGUAAUAUGCAACCUAGGGAGGUAGUGUAGCACUAUGGAGGAUGUUGAUGCAUUUAAGAAGUCUCAUUUCUUCUUCAUAUUGUGUUGGUUGAAUGAGUGAAUUAGUGAUCUUAGGACCCUUGAAUUGUGUGGUGUUGUGGAUUCUCUGCCUGUCAUGGACUCUUGUUUCAUGCUUUGAAAAUAACAGGUGCUCGAAAAUGUGCUUCAAAAUAAACGUCUCCCGUGCGA